GGAAAACCUAAGUCGGGGCCCGUAAGGUGAACAUGUAUGGAAAGUCACAUAGGCAGCUGGGACUAUUUUACUGUUGAGGUCUCUGGUCUGUGAGAGAGGGUAUUUGCCAUGGCCCCCCAAUGCCCCAUCGCAGGCCCAUUGCGCUACAGGAUUGAAGACGGGAGCUGCUACAGGGAAAGACUUGGGAUGAUUCCUGGGAUCCCUGGCGCCGGCGAGAGGAGCUGGUCGACUCUGUCGGAGGACUCGAGGGUCCCCAGCCAAGACCGUCACCAGUCAAUGUCCGCAAUCAGUUGGUUUCGCCCCCAAUCUCUCAGCCAUCCGCCAUCGAGCCAGGGGGGCAGGGUGCUGAAGCCUGGAGGCGGCAUCUUUCAGCUGCAAGCCCGUGCCAGGAAGUUUCUGGAUCUGGAAGAGGACACGGCUGGUGGCGGCCAGACAGAUUCCAAUUCUCUCUUGUCACCCUUGUCGCCCCCGGUCGCUACCAAACAGGGUAACGACCCACCUGGACUCUUCGCACCCAAGCCCCUGAUGCCAUGGAGAACUCGCCCCCAACCCCAAAACAGCCCCCAAGAGAGAGAAUACCUGGGACUAUCAGGCAAUACCCGCAAAGCCUCUAGCCACUCAGAAGGUGCGGCAAUCCUCUGUAUGAAUCCACUGGGACCGAAUCCAGUGUAUUAGGGUUAUGAGAUCGGGAACUAAAUUGAAAUACAUCCAUG